GUCCGAUAUAAAAGCACGUUUCCGCAGCAAAUAUCCUCUCUUUGCUCCUCGAUCAGGCACACAUACGGCUUGUCUGUGAAAACGUUGCUGCCCGAUUUCUUUUAGAACGUACAAAUUAGUGCACUGACAUCCUUCAACUGGAAUUAAAGACCAAAAAUGUCAGGAAAAAAAUUAGCACUUCUGAGUGUGUCUGACAAGACCAACUUGUUACCAUUGGCAAAAAAACUACAUGAAUUUGGAUUAACACUAAUCGCCUCUGGAGGUACCGCACAGACAUUGAGAAAUGCUAAUCUACCUGUGCGAGAUGUUUCUGAGGUCACAGGAGCACCUGAGAUGCUUGGUGGACGUGUGAAGACUCUUCACCCUGCUGUUCACGCUGGUAUCCUUGCUAGAUCGAUUAUUUCCGACAUGAAGGACCUUCAGAGUCAGAAUUACGAUCUUAUUGAAGUGGUGGUUUGCAAUUUGUAUCCUUUCGUACAUACCGUCUCGAAACCCGGUGUGGCAGUUGAGGAUGCAAUAGAGAACAUCGAUAUCGGCGGAGUAACUCUGCUACGUGCUGCGGCAAAGAAUCAUGCCAGAGUUACGGUCAUCUGUGACCCGAACGAUUACGAUAAGGUCAUCAAUGAGAUGGACACCACGGAGGACAGGAACACUUCCCUGGAGACUAGACAAACUUUGGCCCUGAAAGCGUUCACUCACACUGCUGAGUACGAUGACGCUAUUUCGGAUUACUUUCGCAAGCAGUACAGCGCCGGGGUGUCCCAGCUCACUCUUCGUUACGGCAUGAAUCCGCAUCAGAAGCCCGCGCAGAUAUUCACCACUCUGGAGAAGCUGCCGUUGACUGUGUUGAACGGAUCGCCCGGUUUCAUCAAUCUGUGCGACGCGUUGAACGGCUAUCAACUCGUCAAGGAAUUGAAGUUCGCGUUGAAUUUGCCCGCGGCGACUUCUUUCAAGCAUGUCAGCCCGGCUGGAGCUGCCGUCAGCAUUCCCUUGGAUCGCACGCAAGCGAAACUGUGCCAAGUCGAUGAUCUCUUUGAACAGCUUACGCCGUUGGCGACUGCCUACGCUCGUGCACGCGGCGCCGAUCGUAUGUCUAGUUUCGGCGACUUCAUUGCUUUGUCCGAGCCGUGCGACGUUAUAACAGCCAAAAUUAUAUCACGAGAAGUCUCUGAUGGUAUCAUAGCGCCUGCUUAUUCGGAAGAAGCCCUUGAGAUAUUGAAGAAGAAGAAGAACGGCUCGUAUUGUGUACUUCAGAUUGAUCCUUCUUAUGUGCCAUCUCCAGUAGAGCGCAAGAUCCUGUAUGGUCUGGCGAUGGAGCAAAAGCGUAACGACGCGCUAAUCGAUAAGGGGACGUUCGAUAACAUCGUGACAAAGAAGACGAAGAUUCUGUCGGAAAAUGCCAUCCGCGACAUGAUCGUGGCUACUAUCACUGUGAAGUAUACGCAGAGUAAUUCUGUCUGUUACGCGAAGGAUGGGCAGGUGAUCGGAACCGGUGCCGGGCAGCAAUCUCGAAUUCAUUGUACAAGGCUUGCAGGCGAUAAGGCUGAUAACUGGUGGCUUCGUCAACAUCCAAAAGUGACUGGAAUGAAAUUUAAGAAAGGUGUAAAAAGAGCGGAAAUCUCUAAUGCUAUCGAUAAUUACGUAAACGGAACUAUAGGAAAGGAUAUGGACACGUCCAUAUGGGCUGCAAUGUACGAGGAAGUUCCUGCAAAAUUGUCGGAAAGUGAGAGACUCGAAUGGCUGAAGAAAUUGGAUAACGUUGCUCUGAGCAGUGAUGCCUUCUUCCCGUUCAGAGAUAACGUUGAUCGAGCUAGACUCAGUGGUGUUAGAUAUAUUGCAAGUCCAGCUGGAUCUACGAACGACGAAGUAGUAAUCGAAGCUUGUAACGAGCAUGAUAUUGUGCUGGUUCAUACUGGUUUCCGAUUAUUCCAUCAUUAGACGUAAAACAGAUUUGAGAGAUAUGUUUGAUCAUUAUUUUUCUACGAAUAGAAACUUAUUCGACGAUUACUAUUUCCCCUCUAUGGAUAUAUUUAGUCAAAAGAUGUCUUCCAAUUAACUUCGAUCUGAGAAGACUGAAUAUUUUUUUAUCUGAAUCUUAUUUCCUUUUUUAACAUUUAUCAAGUUUGAUAUGCAGUUCCCUAUAUAUAAUAUAGUUCAUAAACGUGUUUACGUA